AUGGCUGACUCUCAAGCGCCCAAGAACGCCGAUGCGUUUAGCCUGCACUCGACGGGACACGACAGCGCCAUCCAGGUCAACGACCACCAGGAGCCGCAUGCUACCCCGCUUCCACCGCCGCCCCCAGUCUUCCACGAUGAUGCUGCUGCUCCGGCGCACGCGCACGACGACCAUGAUGCUGAAGAAGACGAAGGGCCAGACGAGUACGUGUCUGACUCGGGUUUCGACAGUGAGAGCCUGAUCGGUGACGAGACCGAUACAUUGGCCUCGUCGAUAAUGCACUAUCGCACCGAAAACGGGAGACAAUAUCACGCCUACCGCGACGGCGCAUACUGGGGUCCCAACGACGAGAUAGCCAAGGAGAUCCUUGACUUUGCGCACCACAUGUAUCUCUUGACGCUGGACAAGAAACUGCAUCUCGCGCCCAUAUCCGACCCGCAGCGCAUCCUAGAUGCAGGGACAGGCACUGGCAUUUGGGCCAUUGACAUGGCUGAUCAAUACCCCUCCGCGACCGUCAUCGGCACAGACCUCUCUCCCAUACAACCCGAAUGGGUUCCGCCGAACUGCAUGUUUGAGAUCGACGACGUAACGCUCGAAUGGACAUUCCCUCCAGACCACUUCGACUUCGUCCACGUACGCGAACUCUUUGGUUGCGUUCCUGACUGGGACUUCUUCUUCGCGCAAGCAUACGAUCACAUCGCGCCUGGUGGCUGGAUAGAAAUCGUCGAGCACGGCGUACAUCCGCGAUGCGACGAUGGCACCAUGGGCGAAGACCACUUUUUCCACACCUGGGGAAGGACAGUUGUUGAGAUGAGCGAGAAGUGGGGCAAGGGCUUCACCAUCUGGGAGGAAGCAAAGGAAAGACUGGAGAAAGCUGGUUUCGUCGAUGUUACCGAAGUCACCUACAAGUGGCCCAUGAACGGAUGGCCUGAGGACAGGAAGCUGAAAGACAUCGGUCGCUGGAACCAGCUGCGGCUUCACGAAGGCGUCGAGAGCUUCAUGCUUCGCCUCCUUACACAGAUCGGCGGCUGGUCUGUGGCCCGCGCCCAGCUCUUCCUCGCGCAACUGCGGCAAGAGCUCAAGAACUACAAAGUUCACGCGUACCUCCCCGGCACGGUGGUCUACGGUCGGAAACCAUUACGAAGUACAUGA